AUGAGGUCUAUGAGACUUAUUAGUGAUGAGGCAUAUUUACAUAUGAUGAAGACAUCUCCAAGAUUCUGGAGUAAAUCACACUUUAAGGUAACUAACAAAUGUGAUACUCUACUCAAUAACAUGUCUGAGGCAUUCAAUAGUGUGAUCCUUGAGUCAAGGACCAAGCCUUUAGUAACAAUGCUGGAAGAGAUCAGGACCUAUUUUAUGGAGAGAUGGGCUAAGAAUAGGAUGCGGUUUGAGAAUUUACCUGAUGAUGCAGUGCUGCCAAACAUUAGAAAACAAGUGGAGAAAACAAGUACCUACACCAACUCAUGGAUUGUAAGGAUGUCUGAUGAACAUAUUUUUGAAGUUAAGCAUGUGCAAGAUCCAGCUGACAUGUUCACUGUGAACUUGAAGGACCACAUAUGUUCAUGUAGGAGGUGGGAGUUAUCUGGUUUGCCAUGUGUUCAUGCAUUGUCAUGUAUGAAGAGUAGGAACUUUAGAUUUGAAGAUUUCAUUCCAGAGUACUAUAGGAAGAGUAGGUACAUUGCUGUCUACAAACCAGUUAUAUAUCCUGUGAAUGGUUCUAACCUAUGGGCAAGGACACAAUACCCAAAUGUGCAUCCUCCUAAGUUCAGAAAAAUGCCUGGCAGACCAAAGAAGAAGAGGAAUCUUGAACAAGGAGAGCUUGAUGGUACUGAUAGAAAACUUAGGAGGACAUGA